CGUGUAAACAUCAGCGCGCCCGGAAAGAGAAGCAGCGUGGUGAGUGGAACUAGCUUUACGCCCCAAGGCUGGUCAGAGGUUCCUAUUCUCCAGGAUGGACGGGACGUGGCUCAGUCUACCAGUGAAACUCAGCGAGGGAGUUUUACAAACGCUCGAAGAGCUGAAAUUCACGCACAUGACUCCAGUGCAGUCUGCCUGUAUCCCGCUGUUCAUGAGCAACAAGGAUGUGGCUGCCGAAGCGGUGACUGGGAGUGGAAAGACUCUGGCUUUCCUCCUUCCCAUUAUUGAGCGGCUGCUUAAGAGAGAAGAGAAGCUGAGGAAGAUGCAGGUUGGUGCCUUGGUGAUCACUCCCACGAGAGAACUAGCACUUCAGAUCAGCGAGGUCACUGAGAUGUUUCUCCAGAAGUUUCCACAGUUUACGCAAAUCUUACUGAUCGGUGGCAGCAAUCCAAUUGAGGAUGUGGAGAAGUUCAAGCAACAAGGGGCGAACAUUGUAAUUGCAACACCUGGACGUCUGGAGGACAUGUUCAGGAGGAAGUCAGAUGGUCUGGACUUGGCGGCCUCAGUGAAGAGUCUGGACGUGCUGGUUCUUGAUGAGGCGGACCGACUGCUGGACAUGGGCUUUGAGGCCAGUCUGAACAACAUCCUGAGCUUCCUGCCCAAACAGAGGCGCACAGGCUUAUUUUCUGCCACUCAGACCCAGGAACUGGAGAAGCUGGUGAGAGCCGGGCUCAGGAACCCAGUUCGCAUUACAGUCAAAGAGAAGGGGGUGGCUGCCACCCACGUCCAGAAAACCCCAUCUCGGCUCGCCAACUACUACAUCAUAUGCAGAUCUGAGAACAAAUUCAACAACUUGGUGGCGUUUUUAAGGCAACACAAGCAUGAGAAGCAUCUAGUUUUCUUCAGCACGUGUGCCUGUGUCGAAUACUUCGGACAAGCUCUGGAGUCACUGAUAAAGAAAGUCACCGUCCACUGCAUCCACGGGAAGAUGAAGCACAAGCGGAACAAAAUCUUUGCAGAAUUUCGGAUGCAAAAAAGUGGGAUCUUGGUGUGUACAGAUGUGAUGGCCAGAGGCAUCGAUAUCCCCGAUGUGAACUGGGUGCUGCAGUACGACCCUCCUAGCAGUGCCAGUUCCUUCGUACAUCGAUGUGGACGCACGGCACGAAUCGGUAACCACGGCAGUGCCCUCGUCUUUCUGAUGCCGAUGGAGGAAUCCUACGUGAAUUUUUUAUCUAUCAACCAAAAGUGCCCUCUCCAGAAGAUGCCUCCUAUAGGUGAUGUAGUGGAUGUGCUGGAUAAAGUAAAGGCCAUGGCUCUGUCAGACCGAGCCAUGUUUGACAGAGGGAUGAGAGCUUUUGUCUCGUAUGUCCAGGCUUAUGCUAAACACGAAUGUAGUCUCAUAUUCAGAAUUAAAGAUCUUGACUUUGCCUCUCUAGCUCGUGGGUUUGCCCUACUUCGCCUGCCGAAGAUGCCUGAACUGCGAGGGAAAACAUUCCCCGACUUUGUUGAGACGACAGUGAACACAGACACCAUCCGCUACAAAGACAAGAACCGGGAGAAGCAGAGACAGAAGAUGCUGGCUGAGCUGAAAGAGAAAGAGAAGACGCUUCCCAAAAAGAACAUGAAGAAUAAGGCCUGGUCCAAACAGAAGAACAAGCAAGAACGCAGAAAAAAGAUGACAGCCAAGAGGAAACACAUUGAGGGAUCAGACGUGGAUGAUGAAGACAUAAAUGAGCUGCUGAAUGACACUCGCCUCCUUAAGAAACUCAAGAAAGGACAAAUCAGCGAGGAGGCCUUUGACAAACAGAUGACAAGGGGGGCAAAACACAAAACAGACAGUUCAGACGAAGACAUUUGAUUUAAAACAAGCAUCUGUAUAAAAAAAUCCUGAAGUGUG